AUGGCAUCGCAUCUCGUGAAGGGAGCUUUGGUCCACCUCUCCGGGCCUCAAGAGGAGGUGCUGGAGCUCUACGUGAGCGGUGAGCCCUCCUUGGAGGCCUUGGGCAGCGUGAGCGUGGAAGGCGGGGCGCAGCUGCAGCGCUUCGACCGGGCCUCCCAGCGAUGGCUGGCGCUCACCUUCGAUGGGCGGCUGGUUAGCACCACGCCGGACCUGAGCCAGCUAAGACCCUUAGAGGUGCAGGACCUGGGCAUUGACUUCGUGGUGGGCCCAAGCUCGAAUCGCGAGGUCUUGGCAGAAGCCAUGGCAAACAAAUUGGUUUUAGAUGGGUUUUGUGUCAGCCAGACACUGGAUAAGAGAACGGAGAUCUCGGAGAUGCUGACAGCCACCGAGGCGCAUGUCAGCUUCUCUCGAAUUCCAGCAGAAUUCGAGCCCUACUAUAUGGGCCUGGAAAGCAGGGAGAGACAUGCUUUGAUAGACUUCGAAGAGUGCUCCGAUGAAUUAACACGGAUCUUUAGCGAUGCAGACACCAGACUCACGAGACUCGGGGACAGCGUUUCCGUGGCUUUGAGGGAGAAGCUCGGGACCCGGAUAACCGGAAGAACCAAUCUUAUGGUCCGGCAGACCUUCUCCAACUCGGACGAGGAGGCAAACUGUAAGCCCGUGGACCACCCGGGCAGCAGUGAGCGGGAGAUGUUCAUGAGCCUGGUCAAGCGGCGGAGAGUCUGUGUGAUGCACUUUCUGGGGCCUCGCACUGGCAAGCUCAAACUGAUCUCCCGGCACGGAGGUCAGGAGGUUGAGAUCGAGGCCUCGCCCGGCAAGAUGGUCCUCUUCAUGACCGAGCGCUUCCAGUACAGCCACACGUGCGAGGGUAGAACAACGACCCUCCAAACCUGGUUGCUGGGCCAACGGCCAGAGUACUACAUGCAGAGCUUUGGAGGUGACCUUUCGGUCCUGGCGCCCAUCGCUGAGAAGGGGAUUGAUCCUCCGAAGGGUGAAGGUGUGGUGGUUACGGGCAUGGCAACUCAGAUUGGUGGUGACUCAAAGGACUGGUUGGAGUCCGGCGAGUGCAAGGACCACAAGUGCUAUUGGCUGAUGUUCAACAAGGCCCCGAACCAUUUUCUGCUGCCCCUCUCUUCCACAUACUUGUGA